AAGCUGUGGUGUGCGGCACUGAGCCGAGGAGGCUGCCUGAGGUGGGGAACAGGGAGGGAAGGUUUGAGUUAAUGCUGCUGGAGUAACAUGCUGCUCUCAGGAAGAACACCUGCACAGCAGCACAACCAACAGCUGCGUCUGAAAGCCUCCUGGACUCUGGUGGGCACCAUGAACUAUGUGGGGCAUCUGGCGGGCCAGGUCCUGGUGACGGUGAAGGAGCUGUACAAAGGCAUCAACCAGGCCACUCUGUCCGGCUGCAUUGAUGUGAUUGUGGUCCAACAGCCCGAUGGGACCUUCCAGUGCUCUCCUUUCCAUGUUCGAUUUGGUAAACUGGGAGUGCUGCGCUCCAGGGAGAAAGUGAUUGAUAUUGAAAUUAAUGGAGAACCUGUAGAUCUGCAUAUGAAGCUUGGAGACAACGGCGAGGCCUUUUUUGUGCAGGAGACUGAGCAGAACAGUGAAAUUAUUCCCGCUCACCUGGUGACAUCGCCCAUCCCUUCKGAAGAAGUUUUGAUUAGGAGCAGAGAGUCUAGAUGUGGAGCCUCUGUAGAGACCGGCCAGCCUCUCAGUCCAGAUCUGGACCCUGCAAACAUCCAGCUCUGCUCAAGUUCAGCCGGCAGGAAGAAGAGGAGACGCAGGAGGAAGCAUAAAGCUGAGCCACGCAAAGAGGAGCAGACAUGUGCAGGAGAACAGGAGCUGUGUGAUUUCAGUUCAGAUGAGGAGCAACGUGCAAACAAUGGACGAGCAUCUUCGCUAUCAAUGAUGAAGGAUCAGAGGCAGUUUUCCUCCCUCACCGGCCUUGAAUGGGACAGCUACCCUUUCUCUGAUGGAGAAUGGUCACCCUGCACUGUGAUUGAGUCCGAGCCCAUGUCACCCAAAAGUGACUCAGAGCUGAUWGUGAAGCCAGCGGAGUUUGUGUUUAGGACUGAGCCUCACAUGCAGUGGAGCUGGGGGGAGUUUCCUGAAUCUACAAGGGUCAACAAAAAAGAUAAUUCAGAGCCAAGGACACUAACCAUCACGCCCUCUGAGAACACACAUUUCAGGGUUAUUUCGAGCUUAGAGGCCACGGAGGGAGAGCCAAGAGUCGAGCAGAGCACAGAAGACCCCAUUUGCAAUAUUGUAAAACCAGAGCCCCGGACCGUCAAACCUCAUCAGUGCAGCUGCAGCCCGCAGCCCCCUGAAGCUUCCUCACACRACACAAAUAUUUCCAAACCCAGGCCAGACCUUUCAUACAUAAAGUCAAGCAGCUUUUCCUCUGAGUUCUGUCCCAGCAACUCCGACUUCAAUGCAAAAAAUACACACAAGCCCAGAUGGACGUCUUCACCGCCCAGCCGCAGGGACAGCGAAUCCACUCUCUGUGGAGGAAGCAAAGAGGCCAGAGACCCCUCAGCUGUUAGUCCUGAUGCAAGAACCACAGACUCACCCAUCAAGAGGAAGGUUGUGAGAAAGAGGAGCCAACAUCAAGGGCCUGAAGACAUCUACUUGGAAGACCUGAGUGCUCUUGAGCCUGAUGUUGCUGCUCGGUACUUCCCCAAAAGUGAGUCUGAGCACGCUCCGAAACACUGGGUGGAGGCGGGAAGACGCUCCGGAUCCCAGUCCCCCCAGUCAGUGGGCAGCGCAGCAAUAGACAGUGGAACUGAGUGUCUGUCCGACUCUCCUGGUGACCUGCCUGACGUCACACUGUCGCUGUGUGGAGGCGUGGGCGAGAACUCGGAGAUMUCCAAAGAAAAAUUCAUGGAGCACAUCCUCACCUACAAUGAAUUUGCGGAGAACCCAGCUAUUAUCGACAAUCCCAACCUGGUGGUCAAAAUUGCAAACCGAUAUUACAACUGGGCCCUGGCAGCACCGUUGAUACUUAGCAUGCAAGCUUUCCAGAAGAACUUGCCAAAGGCCACAGAGGAGGCUUGGGUGAARGAGAAAAUGCCAAAAAAGUCUGGACGCUGGUGGUUCUGGAGGAAGAGCAGUACCAAGCAGUUGUCAUCUGAAUCUAAGUUGGAGAGACGGGAGUCUUUAAGCCCAGAGAGCUCUACCCUUCUGCAGGCUGCAGAACCACAGCAGAAAGCUGCAGAGUGGUCCAGCGAUGAUGAGACUAAAGAGCUGAACCGUGUAGCCUCCACUCUGACAUCCAAUGAGCGCGUGCAGACUGAAGGGCCGGCUUCAUGUCACUCCUACAAGAAAUCUCUGCGCCUGUCRUCUGAGCAGAUAGCCAGCCUGAAGCUGAGAGACGGCCCGAAUGAGGUCACCUUCAGUAUAACCACUCAGUACCAGGGAACGUGUCGCUGCGAGGGCACCAUCUACCUGUGGAACUGGGACGACAAGGUCAUCAUCUCUGACAUCGACGGCACCAUCACCAAAUCAGAUGUUUUUGGUCAGAUUCUUCCUCAGCUCGGUAAAGACUGGACUCAUCGGGGAAUUGCAAAGCUCUACAACUCCGUGCACGAAAACGGCUACAAGUUCCUGUACUGUUCUGCCCGAGCGAUCGGCAUGGCCGACAUGACCCGAGGGUAUUUGCAUUGGGUGAACGAGAGCGGGACUCUUCUUCCUCAGGGACCCCUCAUGCUUUCACCAAGCAGCCUCUUCUCUGCCUUCCACAGAGAAAUUAUUGAGAAGAAGCCUGAGAAGUUUAAGAUCCAGUGUUUGACAGACAUCAAGAACUUGUUCUACCCAAACACCCAUCCCUUCUACGCUGCCUUUGGAAACAGAGAGAACGAYGUGUUUGCCUACAAAAAAGUAGGCGUGCCUGUGUGUCGAAUAUUCACGGUGAAUCCUAAGGGGGAGCUGAUUCUCGAACAAGCCAAAGGCAAUAAAACCUCGUACAGCAGGCUGAGUGAGCUGGUGGAGCACGUUUUUCCUUUACGAAACACACAACACAACGCCACCUUCUGCUGCCCCGAGUUCAGCUCCUUCUGUUUCUGGAAGCAGCCRAUUGCUCAGGUUUGCUUCGAGGAGCUGCUGUAACUGUCUUAAAUAUGUUCUGAUUUAACCGUAAARCGUGUGUCAUUUUCCUUAGUGUUCAUACAGAACCCUGAGGGGCAACAUCUGUUGUUCUUUACAGCUGCACAUGUGAGAAGUAGUUGGAUAAGCAUUAAUGUAAGCAGUAAAGGCAUGGAAACUGGUCAGUGUAGAACUCCAUACUUMAUUUGACAUCAUAGAGCCAAUUUAAAGUUUUUUUUAAGUCCUUACGUUUGUAUUCAUUUAUAAAUUCUCCAAAAUGUAGAAAAAAAAUUGCACUAACACGCUGAGAACAAUGUGCUGCGAAGUGUUCAAACUGCAUUACUGUAUUCUAGAUAAAGAAAGCAAAAUGUAAAUCCUGCUGCUAUUUGGUAAGUAGUUUUACCAAACUAUCAUUUCAACUCAGACCUUGUCCUCGUGGACACACCAUUGUUCCAAAUUUAUCUUUAAGUCAUUUCUAGAAAUGUCUUCAUUAACACAAAAACACAGAAAGUGACCACAUGUGUUAUAACAGUCCUGUGAAGCUGUGGUGCUGCAACAAAAAAAGCAGGAAAUGGUGUUUAGGCUGGUGAUAGAUACUUCAUUUGUAAGAAAUUGAUGAUUUUAAUGUUUGUAGUUUUUAUGUUUAUUAUCAAAUGUCUAAAACUUACUGCAUUCUUUCUAUGAAAGGGAACCUUUGUGUGAAGAGAGCACACAGAUUUUUUUUUGUUUUAGUUCAUUUUCACUUUUGAAUGAAGACAUUUUGCUGCUGCUUUGUGGUAAUUCAGUUUAUAUUUUACUGUAGCCGUUUAAGCACAAAGGAUAACUGUCAGGACAAAAGAUUUUUUCAUGACUCGAACGAUACAAAUCACUUUAAUAACUGUUYGGAUAUUCUCUGCACAGGUGGUAGAUAUAAUGUGGAACAAUGAAAAUAUGUCAUGUUGAAUGGUUUUAUUAAAAAGGCUGCUUUUAAAAUGA